CGAUACUUAUUGAUAAUUCUAGCUUAACGAUACAUCGGUACUUAUUACAUUAUCGAUGAGUAGUCAUGCGCAAAGUGCAGCCGAUAGUGGCAAAACACUCGAUAGCCAAUCGAUUUGUUCGACAGUCCGAGCUCUUCGACAAAUAAAUAAAGUAGUUGUAUUGUGAUUGUGUUGUGUCCAAAAUAGAGAGUUUUACAGCUAAUUUAAUUCGCCGAAUCCAAUCAAAAGUUAUGCCCGAAUACGCAGCAUCCUCGCCAGCAGCUAGCCGUGUGCUUGUUGACACUCGUUAUUAAUUAAAUCAGCAAGCGAAGAAGCUACACCAGCAGCAGCAGCAACAGCUGAGUCUGAGUCCAAGAGCGCGAGAGAUUGUGUAUGAAGGUGCAUGUGUGGAAAUGAGAGAGAAACAGACGUUCCCGGCAUACAACUUCUAUUGCUAAAAAAUUUAGCAACGAUUCUUACAAAAAGUCAGCACCAGACCAAGCUGCAAAACACCGGCCCGCCGCAGGCGACCGCGACGUUAACAGCGACUGCGACUGCGACGUCAACGACAACGAACUGUUGGUUUUUGAAAGCAAGGAAAACUCAACAUCGAAGCAGGCAGCGGCAGCGGCAGCGGCGGCAACAGCAGUAGAAGUAGAAGUAGCGGCACUUUUCAGUCGCAGUCGCAAGCAAGAACUUUGGCACAAUUCGUGCAUUCAUCACCGCAGCAGCAACACGCCGCAAGCAACGUUUUUAAAAAUAGUAACGCACGUUGAAUGAACAGAUAUAAUAAGAGCGAAACGGACCGAGCGAAAAGAGACAGACAGAGACAUAGACAUAGAGAGAGAGACAGUGUUUGAAAGCAGAGCGUGUAGUACUAUAUGUAUGUUAAUCCAAAUUUGAGCAAUCUGCCGCCCACAUAAUAUUGCGGAUCUGCAUUGCGCUUGGCAUAAAGAGAGUGUAAAAAGGAAAGAUUUAGACUCGUAGACGACGCGCUGCUGCUGUUACUUCACUCUCUAAGAACGCCGCCAAAAUUUCGCUAGAUCUAAUGGCCAAGGACGAGGAGGAUGAUCUGCUGCCCGAUAAGGAUGCGGCCAAGGGCUUCUAUGCCAAAUAUGAACCCAAAGAGAUAUUGGGCAGAGGCAUCAGUUCCACGGUGCGCCGCUGCAUUGAAAAGGAAACUGGCAAGGAGUUUGCGGCCAAGAUCAUCGAUCUGGGCGCCACCACGGAGGCGGGUGAAACAAAUCCAUAUCAUAUGCUCGAGGCAACACGACAGGAAAUCUCAAUAUUACGCCAAGUGAUGGGGCAUCCCUACAUAAUCGACUUGCAGGACGUAUUUGAGUCGGAUGCAUUUGUAUUCCUUGUAUUCGAGCUGUGUCCCAAGGGCGAGCUCUUCGACUACCUCACAUCUGUGGUGACGCUGUCCGAGAAGAAGACACGCACCAUUAUGCGUCAAAUAUUCGAGGGCGUUGAGUAUAUACACGCCAAGAAUAUUGUGCAUCGCGAUCUGAAGCCGGAGAACAUAUUGCUCGAUGAGAAUCACAAUGUAAAGAUCACAGAUUUUGGCUUUGCCAGGCAGCUGCAUGAGGGCGAGAAACUUACAGAUUUGUGCGGCACGCCGGGCUACCUGGCGCCCGAGACGCUGAAGUGCAACAUGUUCGAGGGCUCGCCAGGCUAUUCACAGGAAGUGGAUAUUUGGGCCUGCGGCGUCGUUAUGUUCACGCUGCUUGUCGGCUGUCCGCCUUUCUGGCAUCGCAAGCAGAUGGUUAUGUUGCGCAACAUUAUGGAAGGCAAAUACAGCUUCACCUCACCCGAAUGGGCCGAUAUUUCUGAGGAUCCGAAAGAUCUGAUACGAAAAUGUCUAGUCGUGGAUCCAGCGCAACGCAUCACCGUCAAGGAAGUAUUAAGACAUCCAUUCUUCAAUCAAAUGUUAUUCGAGCAAAAUAUUGAUGGCCUCAAGCGCAGCCUGUCGACCAAGUCCAGAAGAAUGAGUCGCAUCACUGAAAUCGCACUGCUGCGGAAACAAAGUCGCUUCAAUGCGCGCAAAAAGUUCCAAUUCGCCAUAUUAGUGAUACGCGCUGUUAUUAGAAUACGCCGCCUGCGCUUUACGGCUGAGCCGCUUCAUGUCGAGGAGGCCAUACGUGAUCCAUAUCGUGUCAAGGUGCUGCGAAAGGUUAUAGAUGGAUGUGCCUUCCGUGUUUACGGUCAUUGGGUGAAGAAGGGUGAGGGCCAGAAUCGUGCCGCUCUAUUCGAAAAUACUCCGCGCACCGAGCUCCACGCGCUCUACAUUAAUAAUCUCAGUCGAUAG